CAAUCGUGAGCAAGAGUCGAUUGGGCACAGAUUACCUAAACUAGCACCGUGUCAUACCAUGUAGAUUGACGGGUGGCUUUCUCUCCACAGCAUGGACGCGUGGAUGUAUAAAGCAAACCGCCCUUGAACGUUUCGUUGAUAUCCCGUCUCAUUUGUAACUUCACUACAACCACCAGGAUGGUCAAGUCCGGGCUCAUUGCAGCUUUCGCUGCUUACGCACACGUCGCUCAAGCAGCAUGCCCUUUCAUGGAAGCCGAUGCUCGCGAUGUACCUGCCAGUCACCCUCAGAUCAAGCGAGCCGAUGGCUCGUAUAGCGUGCCCUCGAACACGGAUGAGUUCAUGGCACAGUUCGAAGUCAAUGACACCGAUGUUUACAUGACCUCGAACACCGGAACACCCAUUGAAGAUCAAGAAAGCCUAAGCGCAGGCGAGAGAGGACCUACGCUUUUGGAAGACUUCAUCUUCCGUGAGAAAAUCAUGCACUUCGAUCACGAGAGAGUCCCGGAGCGCGCUGUUCAUGCACGAGGAGCUGGUGCUCAUGGUGUCUUCACGAGCUACGGCGAUUGGUCAAAUAUCACAGGUGCCUCUUUCUUGAGUACACCAGACAAAGAGACCCCUGUCUUCAUUCGAUUCUCGACCGUUGCUGGUAGUCGUGGAUCAGCCGAUACCGUGCGCGAUGUACACGGUUUUGCUGUCCGUUUCUACACAGAUGAGGGCAAUUUUGAUGUUGUAGGCAACAACAUUCCCGUCUUCUUCAUCCAGGAUGCCAUCAAGUUCCCAGACCUCAUCCACGCCGUCAAGCCCAGGCCAGACAGCGAGAUUCCGCAAGCUGCCACCGCCCAUGACAGUGCUUGGGACUUCUUCAGUCAGCAACCUUCUUCCAUGCACACUCUCUUCUGGGCCAUGAGCGGUCACGGCACAAUUCGCUCCUUCAGACACACGGAUGGAUGGGGCGUGCACACCUUCCGUUUCGUCACCGACGAAGGCAAGACCAAGCUCGUCAAGUUCAGGUUCAGGACUCUGCAGGGCAAAGCAUCACUACUGUGGGAGGAGGCCCAAGUCACCGCAGGAAUGAACGCCGACUUCAACCGCCAGGACCUAUUCGAGAGCAUCGAGAAUGGAAUGUUCCCUGAAUGGGUCUUCGAGGCUCAGAUUUUCGAAGAAGAUGACCAGUUGCGCUGGGGUUUCGACGUUCUCGACCCCACCAAGAUCGUUCCUGAGGACAUUGUUCCUUUCACACCCCUCGGCAAGCUCACACUGAACCGUAACCCUCGCAACUAUUUUGCCGAAACUGAGCAGAUCAUGUUCCAGGUUGGACACGUAGUCCGUGGUAUUGACUUCACUGAGGACCCAUUGCUGCAGGGCCGCCUUUUCUCCUACCUGGACACCCAGCUUAACCGCCACAAUGGUCCCAACUUCGAGCAGCUACCCAUCAACCAGCCUCGUGUCCCUGUCCACAACAACCAACGUGAUGGAGCCGCUCAGAUGUACAUCCCGCUCAACACCGCAGCAUACAGCCCCAACACUCUCAACUCUGGAUCGCCCAAGCAAGCAACACAAAAAGAGGGCCGUGGUUUCUUCACUGCGCCAAACCGCUCCACUGGAGGACGUCUUGUACGUGCCGUCUCGUCCACCUUUGCCGACGUCUGGUCGCAGCCACGAUUGUUCUUCAACUCGCUCCUGCCUGUCGAGCAACAGUUUGUUAUCAAUGCUAUGCGCUUUGAGACCUCGCAACUUAAGAGCGAUGUUGUCAAGAACAAUGUCCUCAUUCAGCUCAACCGUGUCAGCCACGAUGUUGCAGUCCGCGUCGCCGAGGCUAUUGGCAUGACUGCACCUGAAGCCGAUGACACCUAUUACCACGACAACACCACGACUGGUGUCAGUGUUGCCGAAUCACCUCUUCUGAAGAUCGACGGCCUCAAGGUGGGCUUCUUGACAUCCAACUCGGCUAGCGGCGACACAGCUUCGAGUCUCAAGGCUGCUCUCAAGGACGUUAAUGUCGGCUUCGUCGUUGUUGCUGAGCACCUUGGCGAUGGCAUUGAUCAGACCUACUCUGCAACUUCCGCCGUUCAAUUCGAUGCUAUUGUCGUUGAUGGUAGCGCCAGCGCUCUCUUCGCAGCUCCUGGAAGCCUGGCAAACAGCAACGCAACUGCCUCCAACACUACUUCCAGUUGGCGCUCAACCCUCUUCCCCGCGGGUCGCCCUCUACAGAUUGUGCAAGAUGGCUACAAAUGGGGCAAGCCUGUCGGUGUCGUUGGAUCUGGUAGCCAGGUCUUCUCCGCUGCCGGUGUUCAGGCCGGUACCCCAGGUGUGUAUGCAUUUGGCACAAACGGCACGGCAUCCAUUGUGGAUCAGCUGUCCGAGGGCCUAAAGACAUUCAAGUUCUUGGACCGAUACCCUCUGGACAACUAAAAACAGUAUGUCUAGCACAUGAUACUUAUGUAUGAAUAUUCUCCUGUAUAUUCUGAACACAUACAAACGCAAUUUUACCAAUGUACUCGCACCCGCACAUUCAUUAGCUCAGCCUCAGAUCGAUACCUAAUUUUGCUGCACUGACAACAAAUCAAUUUCGGCAUAGCGGCGUCGUGGUACUUCUCCUCGCCGUAAGAUCAUCGAGCGCGACGCGCGGAGCACGAAGUUCUGUAAACACCACAGGUC